AGCACCACCACACGCUCUUCAUCUCGCGAACGGGCCGACUCCCCGAACGAGUGGCUUUCUGCAGCUCACCUCAUCGUGACACUUGCAAAUACCCGACUCUACCGUUACAAAGCACCAAAGCCUUCAACAAGAAACCAAAAUGAAUCGAACCCAGGGAUCCAAACCAAGACUCAAACCCACCAACCCCAAGGCAAAACUCCCCAGCAACCCAAAAUCAACCACCACACAACCCCCAUCAUCAUCAAAUCUUCUCAUCCUCCAACAAUCCCAGGACCCCCAAUCACUACCAACCACCAAAACCACUCCCUCACCACCCUCAAACCCCUCAGACCCCACAACCCCCUCCUCCCUCCUCCCUAUUUUAACGCCCGCCCUCGAGAUCCUCUCCCGUUUCCACCACCGCAACAAGAACCAGCACCGCCUGUCGAAAUGGUGGGCUGAGGCCGACAUGCUGCGGCGACACCUGCGCAAGCUGAUUGAGGCGGCGAACGAGUGGUGUGAUAAGGAGCCGGAACGAGAGGGGAAGAGGAGGAAGGAGGAGGCGAGGAGGAAGAAGAAGGAAAAAUAUGAACGGUUGGGGAGGGUUGAGAAGAAACAGGAUGGGGUGGGGCAGAAAGGAGGAGAGGGAGAGGUUAAAGGGGAGGAUAGAGAAGAGGAGGAGGAGGAUAAGGAGGCCAGGGAGGUUAGACUGAGGGCGGAGUAUUUGAGGGGGAAACUAGGGCCUAGAGCCUAUUUCGCCUUCAGCCAACUAUCCGCCGACAGACAAUUCGCCCACCUAGGCCUGAUGCUCCUAGGCGUUCUAGCCCAGGUAGACAAGGCACUUUCAGCAUUCGCCUCGGUUCCAAUCGACGAAAACGACGACGCUGCCGCCGACGAAGCGGCAGAAGACAGGGGCCCAAAUCUCAACGCUACAGUCAUGGGUCAGUUAGCAGACGAUGUGCCUAAUCAACGGCAUAAUGACAUCGGCGUAGCGGUGUCGAGGGAAGAGUUACUUGCUAUGAUGUUGGAAUCCACCACAUCCGGACCAACGGAGGGCAGCUUGGCGAGAAGAGAUGCUCGAGAUCAUCCACUGCCCACCACCGAGACUGACUCCGGAGCAGCACCACCACCAGUAACAGGAGAGAUCAGACAGGGCAAGAAUAAGAGCGAGAAGAAGAGACCAAGGGACGAUGAGGAUGAGAACAACGAUGAGCAUAAGGAUGACUUCUCUUCCGGACCGACACCACCAGUAUCCGAGAAGAAAAAGAAGAAGAAAAGGAAGACAGGAGAUGACGGGACCGACAUCGAUGACAUCUUUGCUUCGUUUGACAAGCCCAACCAGAGAAAGAAGAAAGAUAAAGCGGAGAAAUCAGUAGUAGCGACAAAGACCACAACCGUCACAACCUCGAUAGCAACAGCAGCAACAACCACGAAGAUGAAAUCGACAACCGACUCAUCGGUACCAACUACCACAACAACGACAGCCGAAAUCGAUACACGACAUGGUAAAGACGAUCUUGACGACAUUUUCGCCUCUCUCGAAAAGCCCAAAAAGAAAAAGACAAAGGUCAAGAAGACGGAUGACCUAGAUAACAUCUUUGCCUCGUUCGACAAGCCCAAAACGAAGAAGAAGAAAAAGAAGGCGGGGGCGGGAGCGGACGAGUUUGAUGAUAUCUUUGGGGGGUUAUGA